UUUACUUAUUUUAGAAUAAUAAUUUAAAUAAAUAACUCAAAUAACUCAAACAAACCCAACUCCAUAUUUUUAUGGUUGAAUUGAGUUGGGUUCAUUAUUUAAUAAAGGUUAAUCGGGUUGGAAAAAUUUAAAACCCGAACAACUAGGUUGGGUCUAAAAUAUACUUUAACCCAAUCUACGAACACCCUUAUAAUAUAGUUAUAAAAACAAUAAACAUAAAACAAGAAACAAAAACCAGAAUUCUACGAAAUGUGCCUAAAUUGUUAUUUCCAUCAAUGUUGAAGGACGUACAGUAGUUUAUAUGGUACUAUAAAUAAUUCAGUAUGUGUAUAAAAAUCCAUCAGGGAAGUGAGCUUCUGUCAUAUUAUCCCAUUUUUGUGUCAUUCCUCCUCUCUACUCAGCCUCAGCAGCAACUUUACCAUCUUCAGAAUUUUUUUUUUUAGUCAUCUGGUGUUUGUAUGUAUGCUCUAAUAUAACUAAUUUUCCUCUCAAUUCUCGAGACGAGCUCAAUUAGUGAAACGGUUUAAUAUCGAAGGGUAGACGAAGAUGAAGGUGGCGGUGGUCGGAGCAGGGAUCAACGGUUUGGUUUCGGCUUAUGUUCUAGCCAAAGCUGGAGUAGAGGUCGUGUUGUUUGAGAAGGAAGAGUAUUUAGGUGGCCAUUAUAAAACUGUAAACUACGAUGGCUUUUAUUUGGACCUCGGCUUCAUGGUCUUCAAUCCUGUAACACAUCCAAAUACAGUGGAAUUUUUAGAGAAUUUAGGAGUUGAAAUGGAAGCAUCAAAUAUGUCAUUUUCAGUCAGCAUAGACAAAGGAAGAGGCUAUGAAUGGAGCACUCGAAAUGGUGUUCUAAGUCUUUUUGCACAAAAGAAGAAUAUUCUCUAUCCAUCUUUCUUGCAAAUGAUUCAAGAAAUAACCAAAUUUAAAGAUGAAGUUACCAAUUAUCUUGAAGCUAUGAAAAAUAAUCCAGAAAUGGAUCAAAAUGAAACGUUGGGACAAUUUCUCAAGUCAAGGGACUAUUCUGAAGUAUUCCAAACUGCUUACCUUUUUCCAAUGUGUGGUUCCAUUUGGUCGAUCCCCAUCGAAAAAGUUUUCAACUUUUCAGCUGUCUCUGUUUUUUCAUAUCUUCAGGAUCAUUAUCUGCUUCAGUUUUUUGGUCAUCCACAAUGGCUUACUGUCAAAUGGAGUUCAGAUUCUUAUCUGAAGAAGAAAACGCUUGAGAGUGAAGGAUGUCAAAUAAGAACUUGCUCUAAAAUUAAUUCCAUCUCAACUACCAAAGAAGGAUGCAUUGUAAGCUACGGACUCCAUUUUGAAGAAAUAUUUGAUCAAUGUGUGAUAGCAACUGAUGCCCCUGAUGCUUUAAGAAUAUUAGGAAAUCAAGCAACACCCGAAGAAGCAAGAGUACUUGGAGCUUUCCAAUACGUUUAUAGGUACAUUUUCUAUCUCUAA